UGGUCCUAUUGGUUCUGCUGGUAAAACUGAUGUAGAUCUUAAAGCCGCUAUUAAAAGUUAUCUAGAUACCCCCACGAAUGUUAUUGAUUAUGAGAAUGAAAGUCUUAUCUAUGAAUUAGCUAAUUUCCCGAAUAUUACAAGCAUAGACGCUACUGCUCCUGGUUUUAUUCUAGACGCUGCUAUUAAAGACCGCUAUCGCCAGGCUGUUUCUCUAAAAGAUAAAAUUGAUGCUCUUAACGCUGAAAUUCCUAGUGGUCCUAUUGGUUCUGCUGGUAAAACUGAUGUAGAUCUUAAAGCCGCUAUUAAAAGUUAUCUAGAUAAAGAAGAUGAAGUUGACAAAUAUGAUUUAUUUAUUGCUAAAUUAGUUGAUAGUGCAGAAAUUGAAGGGGUAACUACGGCUGGAACAGAUGGUGAUGCGGCACAGUUAGCAAUUAGAAAGAUUGCAAUUAGUGAUGAUUAUCGUAGUAAAACUUCUCUAAAAGAUAAAAUUGAUGUGAUUUUAAAUCAUUCUUCACUAGUUAAUGAUGCUAAAAUCCGCAGAACUGAUAAUAGUGGUGAUACUGCUGCUACCGGUAAGGAGGUUAAAGCCGCUAUUAAUAAUUUCCUAAACAAUAUAAGUGAAGUUGACAAAUAUGAUUUAUUUAUUAGUAAGUUAGUUGCAACUAAAGCGGUUAAAAAUUACGAAAAUGGUAGUGUUUUAACUGUUUCUGUUCUUGCUGAAGAAAUUAGAAAGAUUGCAAUUAGUGAUGAUUAUCGUAGUAAAACUUCUCUAAAAGAUAAAAUUGAUGUGAUUUUAAAUGCUCCUGAUAUCAAAGGUUCCGAUGGUUAUGCACAAGUAAUUGCUGAUAAUUUAGAUAAUAUUUAUGCCACUGUUGUUGACCCCUUAGAUCUUUACCGAAAUGAUAAUGAUAUUGAGGCUAAAAAUCCAGCAAAUGUUUCUGUUUUAAUAAAAACUAUUGAUAACUUAAAAGAUCCUGCGGGUGCUCCUAGUGAUAAUAGUACGCAAGUACAAGAUGCGGAGCGAGUAAAUGCUUGGUUAAAAAAACGAGAUGAAUUUGUUGCGGCUAAUCCUACUGAUAAGCCCGAUAUUUUAACCGAGUUGGCUUUGGAUAACAUGCGACAAUUAGAUUACGAAAAUUUCAAUCCCGAAGACUUUCUUUGA